CCGGAGCCGGGGUCCCAGCAGAACCGGGGGUCCCAUGGAGGCCGAAGGCUUCGCCCUCUGCCACGCGCCCGCGCUGCAGACCAAGGUGUUCCAGUACCGGCUGUGGGACGUGAACCAGCGCUCGCUGUACCUGCGCGAUGACCAGCUGGUGGCCGGGCACCUGCAGGGCGCCAACGCCGCGCUGGAAGAGAAAGUGUUCUGGGUGCCCAACCGAGCCCUGGAGCCCGCGCGGCUGCCGGUGAUCCUGGGGAUCCGGAGCGGCUCCCGCUGCCUCCGCACCGAGCGCGGCCCCGCCGGAGAGCCCCGGCUGCGGCUGCAGGACGUGGACAUCCGGGAGCUGCCCCGCGCCGGUGACAGCGGCGCCGCCUUCACCUUCUUCCGCUCCUACCGGGACGGGCUGUGGCGCUUCGAGUCGGCCGCGCACCCCGGCUGGUUCCUGUGCACGUCCCCGCGCGGCCACCAGCCCCUGGCGCUCUGUCGCCACCGCGAUGUCACCUCCAACCUGCUCGACUUCUACUUCCAGCUCUGCUGAGCGCGCGCGGGGACAGC